CGGAACAAAAGACAACAUCGAAUUGCAGAGUUUUCGCAGUAGCUAGAAGAAUUUUUGCCACUAACUUGAAUACUUUAUUCUAUUGAUACGGAUUGAACUUCAAGCGAAAAUGGUAUACUGCGGAAAGCCUAGUAGAGGCUGCGCCAACUGUCGGAAAAGAAAGAUUAGGUGCGACCUGGCCGAACCGUCAUGCCUCAAGUGCCAGAGAGCUAGAUUCUCAUGUCCUGGGUAUCGCAAUCUGAUAGAGGUGAACUUCCGAGAUCAAUCCCAAGAAGUUGUUAGGAAAGCCUGCCAAUCAAUCCCUUAUACGAAAAAAGAAUCCCAUAUCGCCAGCACGCAAUGCAAGUACCAAGACUUGCGGCCCAAUCGACUUCUAAGUACUUUAGGCGUCUCUAAUCUAAAACGAAGUCAGACAUGGCAAAUAGACUAUGCCCUCUCUACGAACCCGAGAGACCAGUCCAUCUGUGUCUUUCUGCACAAUUUCGCUCCAGACGACUCUGUCGUGACGAAGGUGCAUUUGACUACCUCGCAAAUUAUUAGCCAAGCAACUUCGUGCUAUGCUGUUCGCUGCGCUAUAUCUGCAAUUGGUCUUGCGUUCAUCGCAAACACACGAGGCCAGCCCAGUCUCCUGGCAGAGGCAAGAGAGGAGUACGCUACCGCAUUACACCUGACUAACAUGGCUCUCAUGAAUGAGAGAAUGUCGUUAGAAGACACUACUCUUAGCGCUGUCAUUUUACUUGGGAUGUUCGAGGUGAUGGCUGGUGCAGCUCCUAAAUCGGUGGAUAACUGGCAAAAGCAUAUAAACGGCGCAGCGACGCUUUUACAAAUAUGGGGCUCUCGUCAAAAAUUGACGCUCACUGGCAUUCAGCUCUUCAUGCAACUGAGAGCUGCGGUGAUGGCGAACUGUCUUCGAACCCAAACUCGAGUACCAGAAACGAUAAAACAGUUGUCCAAAGUUGUAACGCUGUACAGAUCUGAAGAAAUUGUUCAUUCUGAGACUUUGGUAAACCUGGUGGCUGAAGUUAGCGACUUCAUCGCUGAGGUGAGAGCUGAUGGAAUACCUGAUUACGUUGAAGUAAUAGAGAGGGCGAAGGAUCUCGAUAAAAGACUUGAAGCAUGGACCUCCAAUCUCUCUACCCGUUGGCAAUACGCUGUACACACUUACUCAGGAAGUCAACAUCUAUUACCUAACCAUACUUGCAACGGCUCCUACCAUCUCUAUCCCGAUAUUUGGGCUUGCAACAUUUGGGCAUACUAUCGGACUGCUCGUAUUAUCCUUAACUUGGUUAUUCGAGAUCGGAUACCACCACCACCAAACACUUCUUCUCGAUGGGGAAGUGUAUUUAAUGCCGCUAAUAGAAAUAUCGAAAAUCUUGCGGUGGAUAUUCUUCUCAGUGUUCCGUUUUCAGUUUCUCUACGGUUUUCUCCCCCUUCAUUGAGCGAAGGGGAUUCACAAGCUGGGGGUUGCUUAGGCGGAUACUCCAUAUUAUGGCCUCUUUAUGUGGCAGCUAGUGUCUCAGCUCCCAACUCUCUACAUCGAAAAUGGGCUGCCAACCGCCUAGAGUAUAUAGGACAUACCAUGGGCAUCGGACAAGCAUUUCUCAUGGCUAAAGUUGUCCGAAAUGAGCUUCCGCAUGAGUGUUUAUCGAUAUAUGACUACUGUCGGUCGUACCGUCCCAGCAUUUGAGGAAUGGCAAUGUCAAAUGAUAUCCAAGCCUUUAAUAAACAAAGGUUUAAUUUUUCUCGG